AUGCGCCCGAUCAUCGUCGUCAAGCAAACCACAGGUGCCGUUGCGCUGUCCCACUCUCGAAGCCUCGUACAGACUCCAUUUGCAGCAAUUACUCCCCAGAGGUGGGCUACAUCACACGGCAACUGCGGCUUAGAGUCUCACAAAUUGGUGCCCAUUCUUGAUACCCGUGCCAAGUCCCGGAAUCGAGUUGGUAUGGAGGCAGAGUUUGAGCACCUCGCUGACCGGAAGACGAAAUGGGCCGCGUAUGGCUUUUUGAGCGCAAACCAAGGCUUCAAUCAGCUGAGCGCAAUGUGGCGCCUGCGCGCAUGGCUCCGAUCAAGGGCCAUUCUCUGGCAGGUCUCUUCAAUAUCUGCCCCAAUUUUCCACCUUGGUUUUGUGUUACUCUCCAACGUGGGGAACUUAUUUGUAUCUCAAAGUUCGGAGGCCAGACGCUCUUUCAACCUUUGUCUUCCUAUCGAGACUAUCCAAAGCAAUGACUUCCCAAGAGUCGAAGACGGGACGGAAUUUGAGGCACGACUACAUCACAUCCUACGCGAGGCGAGGCCUCUAAAGGUGAUGAGCCAUCUGAUCUUCACCCGUUGCGAUGAGAUGAUCGAGGCCCCGGAAACGCGGUCCAUGUUGGCAGCGAGAUAUGGUCAUUUCGUAAAAUUGGUAGCCUCCGAUGGUUGUCUGCAACAUACGAUAAGUUGA